AUUUUUAAAAUUUUUUUUGUUACAUAAGCUAGGAAUUGUAUUUUUUUGUUGUGAACAAUGAUGUUUCCUCCUUAGUUUGUUGUUAUUAUCUGCUUUUACUUAAUCGUUGUUGGCAUAAUCACUUGAGCUACUGAUAGUCUGAUACUCUUAGAGCUAAAAGAACAUUCUGGUAUGAUAAAGACUUGUUGUCUUUUUUAUUAGACUUUAAUGAAAAGCAGAUGAUGUAUUAUCUGAAAGGCUUUCUUAUGCAAUGCCUUCUUUAGUUGGGAAGUUGUUCUUGUAUACUCAACUUUAGGAAGUCGUGCACUCUGUGCCACAAUGCUCCAUGGAUCUGCUCAAGUAGUUGUCGGAUCAUCCGAUGGAAUAAUCCACAUGUUCUCAGUCGAUUACGUCUCCCGAGGACUCGGAACUGUUGUCGAGAAAUACUCUGGAAUCGCUGAUGUCAAACAGAAUGGAAUCGGAGAAGGUGCAAUUCUAACACUGUUAAACUACUCUUCGCAUGGUGAUGACGGGAAAAUGAUUCACAACUGUGGAAUCCAUUUGUCGGAUACGCGACAGAAUUCAAACGCAUGGAAUACGAAAGUGAUUCCAGAAGAGGGUUAUGUUUCUACUCUUGUGACAAGUCCAUGUGGGAAUUGGUUUGUUUCGGGGUCUUCUAUAGGGGGUUUGACUUUAUGGGAUUUGAGAUUUGGUAUACCUGUGAACUCAUGGCAGUAUUCUGUUCCAUGUCCUGUUGAAGACAUGUGUCCUUUUGCCCCUCCUCAGAGUACCACGUUGUCUACAACUGUUAGGCCACUUGUUUAUGUUGCUGCAGGUUGUAAUGAAGUUUCUCUCUGGAAUGCAGAAAAUGGGAGUUAUCCUCAGGUGUUGAGAGUUGCAAAUAAUGAGAGCGAUGGUGAGAUUUCUGACAUGCCUUGGGCAUUGGCUAGAGCAUCUACAUCUACAUCUAGCAAGACAAAUUCAAAAGGUGAUUCUAGAAGGAAUGUGAAUUAUAAGUGUAGAGUAGAUGAGUUGAAUGAACCUCCUGCUAGAUCACAUGGAAUCCGUUCAUUGCUACCUUUACCUGGUGGAGAUUUAUUAACCGGUGGGACCGACUUAAAAAUUCGUCGAUGGGAUCAUUUUUGAAGAUAUUGGGCCACAUGGGCCAAUGGUGUUAAUAUACAACUUAUGGCUGAAUGAUGAAGGCGUUUAUGAAUUAAACUUUGAUUAGGAUGAUGAGGAUAUAAAAUUGAAUGAUUUCACCAAAGAUAUUGGGCUACUACUUUCUUGGGUUAUAAUGAUGGGAUGGUUGUUACUAUCAUCGAUGUAAACUCACCCUACUUAUAAGCCUUUCGAACUCUUCAGAGCUUCACGAGGAGAAUGGUUGUUACUAUCAUCGAGACCUCACUCAUGGUAGCUGUUGGAGUGGUAACCUAUGUCAAUAUACCAUGUGGUCUUCAUUCUUUGUUGGAAUUUGUUAGAAGAGUAACUAAUUGUAAGGAUCGACUAACUAAUAUUGUAUUUUGCUUCUUAUGUUAAUAACAGCUAAUUCGAUCUCAUCCCAAAAUGAAGUCAUACAUUAGACUAGACUUUGAUGUUGGUAAGGCACUCUCCUUUUCCUAUAAUGGAAGGGAGGUCAACAGCUAUAUUUACACAAAGAAAGAACAUUGGACUACAAAAAUCCCAUUCAGACUGUAUUAUGUGGUUCAUUCAGUUGACUAGAUCUCUUCAAAUAUCUUGUAUUCAUUUAGUUUUGAUGAACAUUGAUUACCAUUGUUUUGUUGUGGUUUUCAGGGGCAACACCAAAGGGUAUAUUUGGGGAUAACAAGAUUUACUAUCGACCAUGUUAAUAGCCACAUACAGGUAAAUCUCACUUUUUCAUUAUUAGAGGUCUUAGGUCCAGAUACAUUGUUUGUAUACAUAUAAAUUGUUUUGUAUACACCAAUCAUCAUAAAAAUUAAACUAUUACUAGCCUUCUGUUGUUUUGUUUUAUUUUGUUUUGUAGAAAUAUAGAAUUUCACCAAAUUUAUUCCCGAAACAUCGAGACGUAAGCUUUGUGAUCAUUUAUUUAUUUCGAUCAACAUGACGUAUUAUUAUCACAGUCUUAACAUUCUUGGAUUUACCAACUUAGAUUAUAAAUGCAAGAGACAAGUUUUUUUGCAUUCUUGUUAAUUCAUUAGGAAACAACCGCUAAACAAAGCAUUAUAAAUGCAAGUGGAAGUUCAAAGGAGAUCACCAAAGGAGCUAUCAAAUAUAAAUUCAUGGGAAAACACAAAGAAAGCAUAUGUGGAAGCUAAGUUUACACAAAUCAAGUUUGUUUUUGGACAGACAAUUGCUAGUAUUGAUUCUAGAGUAUGAGAUAACACGAGUUAAUCAACCUAGCAUGAAGCGUAGGGAACAAGUUCAUCUGCUAUUAAGUUUAAAGUUUUUUUUUUUUCAUUUUUUAUUUUUUUACUUUUAUUCUUCUUUUUUUCGUACUUUAUGUUUAGGAUGUACAUGAUUCCAUAUAUAGACAUAUUUAAUUCAAAAAGUUAAAAAUAUUGAUGAGAAACAAUGAAAUUUUUAUUAUUUUCUA